AUGGCUGUGAAGAAAUGGAAGCAAACAUGCACCAGUUCGUUGCUAAUGCUGAGACUGAUGCAGAGUGUUAUCGAACUCUUGUCCUUUCCACUUGUAAGGGGCAAUGAUGGUAUUGCUCUUUGUCAGGUGCCUGAUGAGGUGCUCAUUGAGCGCGUUUCUGGCAGAAGGUCGGAUCCUGAGACAGGGGAGAUUUAUCACAUGACCUACAAACCUCCUCCUGCUGAUAUAGUGGACAGACUGGUGCAGAGGAGUGACGAUACUGCCGAGAAGAUGGUGACGAGGCUGAAGACAUACCAUUCAAACUUGGAUGCAAUCACGGACAUCUACAAGGACGUCACUGUUCAUGUUGAUGGCAACCGGGAAAUCGACGAUGUCUUCGGGUCCAUUGUGGAUGCGCUGGAGGGCGUCCUUGUGGCUUGA